AUAAGGAUGCAGUAAAUAGUUGUAUACUUUCUCUCUACCGUUUCUAGAUUAGACAAAAAAAAAAAAAAAAACACAACUAUAAAUACCAUUAGAAGGCAUUUGAGCAGCAGCAGUAGCAUCACGCCCUUCCCUUGGACAAAAGCACAACUAUAAAUACCAUUACUCUCCCGCAAAAUCCUGCACUUGUUCAUAUUCUGCCUGCCACAUAUAUAAUUUGUUCAGAAUCAGGAGGCGCAAAUUCGGCUGAGAAGUUCGCCGGUGGCGGCGAAGCGGUGGUGUGACUGGUUGUAUGGCGGUGGAGUACCGAUGUUGCGAGGCGGGGUUCUUCAUUCGCAUUGCGGUUGUGGCUUUUCUCGUGCUGUUUGCUGGCCUCAUGUCCGGCCUCACUUUGGGCCUCAUGUCUCUCAGCUUAGUCGACCUUGAAGUUCUCGCUAAGUCCGGCACACCCACGGAUCGAAAGCAUGCUGAAAAGAUAUUGCCCGUUGUUAAGAAUCAGCAUUUGUUGCUUUGCACACUGCUUAUCUGCAAUGCUGCUGCUAUGGAGGCUCUUCCUAUUUUCCUUGACAGUCUCAUCUCAGCUUGGGGGGCAAUCCUGAUAUCUGUGACAUUGAUACUUCUGUUUGGUGAGAUCAUCCCACAGUCUGUUUGUUCCAGACAUGGGUUAGCUAUUGGUGCGACUGUGGCCCCAGUGGUUCGUGUUCUUGUCUGGAUCUGUUUUCCUGUUGCAUAUCCUAUAAGCAAGUUGUUGGAUUCACUACUUGGCCAUGGGCAUCGAGCUCUAUUUCGACGUGCUGAGUUGAAAACCCUAGUUACUUUACAUGGAAAUGAGGCUGGUAAAGGUGGAGAGCUCACACAUGAUGAGACGACCAUCAUUGCAGGGGCACUAGAACUCGGUGAAAAAACAGCAAGUGACGCAAUGACGCCAAUAUCUGAAAUUUUUGCUAUUGAUAUUAAUGAUAAGCUAGACAGGGUUUUAGUGAAUCUAAUUUUGGAGAAAGGACACAGCAGAAUCCCUGUCUACUAUGAGCAACCCACAAAUAUCAUUGGGCUUAUUCUGGCGAAAAACUUGUUGACGAUUCAUCCUGAGGAUGAAGUCCCAGUGAAAAGUGUCACUAUUCGCAGAAUUCCAAGGGUUCCAGAAACUAUGCCAUUAUAUGACAUCUUGAAUGAAUUCCAGAAGGGGCAUAGUCACAUGGCUGUUGUUGUGAGGCAGUGUGACAAGGUUGCGGACAAGCCUCGUAGCACGGAUGUUGCAGGAGAUGCAGCCAAAGAUGUGAGAGUCGACAUUGAUGGUGAAAAGCCUUGGCCAAAUAAAAAUGUUAAGCCCAAGAGGCCUCUGCAGAAAUGGAAGAGUUUCCCAAACACAGGAAGCAAUUCCUUCAAGGGUACACCUAGGAGCAAGAAGUGGACGAAAAACAUGUAUUCUGAUAUCCUGCAAAUAGAUGAAAAUCCACUCCCAAAGCUCCCCGAAGAGGAAGAGGCGGUCGGGAUAAUAACCAUGGAAGAUGUCAUUGAAGAGCUCUUACAGGAAGAGAUAUUCGACGAAACAGAUCACCAUCUCGAAGAUUCAUGACAAAUCCUAUGUAAUGUAACAUGUGUUGUGUUGAUAGGUACUUCUUUAGUGUGGUGUUGAUGGCGCGGUUAUACUUGGAAGAGGAAACACUUUCUUAUUGAGUUGUUUACAAGAAUGACUCAACAACUUGUGUGCAGAUUGUAUGGGAUCCUUUUCAUUAUCUACACUUUUAGAUGUAUAUAGUCGUUGAGCAGUAAAAUUUCUUUUACUGUUUGUAAUUUUUAGUAGGAUUAAUUGAAAAAAAAAAAAAACUUUCGGGGGAAAUUAUUUUAUUGUAUUACCGAAGUUAUUAUUACAAUAAUAUUGUUUCGACAAAAUAUGUUUUAAUAAAAAAUGGUUAAAUAUUUUUAAAAA